AAAGUCUUCACAUUCAGUUUUCCUAUCUUCAAUUCCCCCAUAGUAUGUUGUCAUGUGUGCGACCCAUACCUGCACCCGGGAAUUGAAGAAGGUUCUGUACCUGAAGCUUUAAGCAAAGGCCCCGCCAUACCGGGGUCUUCAUCAACAACAACUCGGACAGUAUUCACACGUGUGAUUAGCAGGCGGAUCCUGUGCGUCUUUCAAUACCCUGCGGUUGACGAGUCCUUCGCUUGUCCAGACUGUUGCCCCUGACGGGCAGUUGACUAGCUGCAAGGCCAGCCGUGUCAGUAAAGAAUGUUCAACAACGGCUAUGUGGGGACGGGCGAGGAUGUCCAGCGCAUCCGGCGCAUGGAGAAGCAGCGCGAGGAGCAGAGGAAGAAGUUUGAGGCGAUGCAGAAGCAAACAAAGGACCAAGCGGACGCGGCCGGUCUAAGACAGUUCGGAGCUUCCACAGAAGAGGCUCUCGAGCACGCGUUCAAGAACGAAACAGUGGGUCUGGUCACCAAGGCGGAGUUCAUCCAGAAGCGAACCACCCUGCAGGAGCGUCUGGAGGAGGAGCACCGGCGGAAGGCGGAGGCGGACGAGGACGCGGCCAGUCGGGAGCGGGAGAAGCGGCGGCGGGAGAAGGAGGCGCGCAAACCCAAGCUGAGCUUCCUUGUAGAGGAGGACGGGGAUGGGGAGGCGGAGGAGGAGGAUGCCCGCCGGCCCUCCGCGCCCCCGCCCGUCUUCAGGCUCCCAGCCCUAGCCCGCGUGGCUGCAGGCGCCGCCGCAGCAGCAGCCACCACCGCCGCCCCCGCCCCCUCAGCACAGCCAUCCACCUCCACCGCCCCAUCCCAGCCGCCCCAGCCGCCCCAAGCUGGGUCCGAACCCGUGUUGGCUGCAGGGGGGUCAGCGACGGAGGGUGCUGCGGCGCUUGAGGUCCGCGGCCGCGGGUGCAGCGAGGAACCCGCCAGCAGCAGCGGCAACGGCAGCGGAGAUGGGGGCGGUGGGGGUGGGGAUGGGGAUGGGGGUGGGGAUGGUGAGGGCAAUGGUGUGUUGGUGUUGGCGUCAGAAGGAGCAGCAGCAGGCGGGGGUGGAGGCGGUGAUGACGCGCAUGCGGCCAAGAAGCGCAAGUUCGGCAAGCUUGGCAAGGACCCCAGCGUGCCCACGGAUUUCCUACCGGACAAGGACCGGGAGCGGUUGGAGGCGGAGAUGCGCGCCGCACUUCGCAAGGAGUGGCAGCUGGCGCAGGAGGCCAUCAAGGGCGAGCCGGUGGCCAUCACCUACUCCUACUGGAACGGAACAGGACACCGUCGCCACAUCACGGUCAAGAAGGGCGACUCCAUCGGCCUCUUCCUCAAACAGGUGCGCGAGCAGCUGGCGCCCGAGUUCCGGGAGCUGCGGCACGUGGGUGUGGACAACCUGAUGUAUAUCAAGGAAGAUCUCAUCAUGCCGCACCAUCACACCUUCUACGAGCUGAUCGUCAACAAGGCUCGCGGCAAGUCGGGGCCGCUGUUCGACUUCGGGGUGCGGGAGGACAUCCGUGUGACCAAUGACGCAUCCCGGGAGAAGCAGGACAGCCACGCGGGCAAGGUGGUGGAGCGGCACUGGUACGACAAGAACAAACACAUCUUCCCCGCCAACCGCUGGGAGAUUUACGAUCCGGAGAAGAAGUACGGCGAUUACACAAUCUUCGGCUGAAGAGGUGGAAGCUGAGGAGGAGGAGAGCUGGUUUGAAGGGGUGCGAUCUGGAAUCCGGAAUAGCGACAGGCAGAGCAAAGGCGAAGGGCAUAUGGUGGAAGAGGAAAGGAGUGAUGCGCGUUAUGCUUGCUGUGUUAACGGGUGCCAUAGUGCGAGCACCGCUGAUGCUGCUGCCGGGAAAGAAAGGGCGGCACUCAGGACCCCACAGCUCCCCCUGUACGACAUUGAGAGCCGCACACUUGCCCGGAUGGGUUAAUUGGAUGGGCAGCCGGGGAGUGGUGUAGCUUGCGGCUGUGUACCGCCUACUGCCUCCUGUCGUAUGUGUGUCAUCAUGGAUGCGGUUGUGAUGGCUGUGGUAGGGUUGACGUGGCGGGGUUGAAUUCUGGAAAGGACAGGCUCCCGCUGCUCGCGUGUCCAUGGCGAAAACAAACAGCCGUUUGUCAGGCGACGCACUUGGGUUUUUGCCAUGGUAUACGCAAUGGUAAUCUUCCAGUGGCCAGUACUUCAAAGCUGGGUCCUUAUGUAAGCAGAGCUUCGU